UUACCCGUUUCACGUGGCUCCAGUUUAACAAACCGCAACAUACCCAAUGAAUAUACCGCUCAAAUUCGAGUGGUAGGUAUCCAUCACGUCAAUUUGUAACCGGGUAUGUCAUUUCUCUUUCUCUAACCAUUUUGUAACCCGGUUAGUUCAACUGGAGCCACGUGAAAAGAACUAUUGAUUUGAUUUGUUUGUGUUAUUGUUUAUUUAUUUAUGUUAUAAAUUAUAUGUAUCAACCAAGUUUAUUAUAAUUUAAUAUGAAUUUUAAAUUAAAUUUAGUAUUAUUCAUUUUCGUAUUAACUCCAUUAAGCGACGCGAAUCAGUUACUCAAGAAGUCAGAAAUUGCGGAGCAGCUUUAUAAAAAAUUAUUGAAGAGACAACGUGCAGAGCAGUUAGCAGCAAUUAAAAGUUUUCAAAAACUCAGAAAUUACGAGAAAAAAUAUCAAAUGAUUACUCUCAUGGCAGAAAAGGUAUUUACCAUAAUGCAAGACAGCAGAGCCAAAAUUGAAGCUUCCCACUUUAUACCAGGCGUCUCAGAAUUUCCCACAGACGAUAACAUAAGAGACGCCUUAUCAAACAUAAUAGAAAACUCUGCCUUAUUUGCUGAAAUUAUUUUGAGGCUGCCAGAAAUAUCAGUUUCUGUAUUAAAGACAAACAACAAUUGGGACAUUUUGCUUCAAUGGGGCAUCGCUUACUGUUAUCAAGUGAAAUAUUUAUUGGAUAAUAGUACCAUCAAAAUUCUAUCCUUGGCUAGUCAAGAGUUGAAUUAUGUUCCUAGAGAUUUGAAUUAUGCGAAUCCAUAUAGAAAAAAUAAACAAGAAAGUGAUGGAAACGAAGAGGAGCCAAAUCAACUACAGUCAAAGAAUGUUAAAAAAAAGAAAAAAAAGUUGCAAAAAGGACCUAGACUACAUGAUGAGUUUUGAUUUUGUUGGGAUGUUACCCAGCAAUUCCUUUCCUACAGCCAAAGGUUGGCAUUAUAAUUUGACGACUUUGUCAUACUCAUACAAGCUGUGCUCAUACUAUCAAGAAUCAAGACCUAACACUACUGUUAAGAACCUUCAGUAGGUAGAAAUGUUUUAAAAUGUAUUUUUUGAAUUUUUUUCUUGAAUACAUCAAGGAUAAUGUCUUGUCGGAUGUGCCGCCCUCUAUCAACAGCUUAUUGUAACUUCCUAUGUGCCUAUGUACAGAAACCUGUUUUUUUUUUCAAGUGCAACGCUGGCGUGAUAUUUGCAAUCCAUUGUCAGAAUCCGCGCUGAACUUUUGUGGACGCGAGAAAACGCAUAUGUUUUGGAUUGUUUCUGUUAAUAUUUACAAAAAGAAACAACCAAAUGAAUAAAUGCGCGGUGCGGGGAUGUGGAACUAUGCGAUGAUUGUAGAUCUUAAUUUUCAAAAUUGUCAAUAGAUGGCAUUACCAGUUGAGAAUUCAUAAGGGUAAGCGCGCACUAGCAAUUUGUUGUCGUGCGAUUUUGUCGCAGUCGCGUCGCCGUUCUAUUAUUUAUUCGCAGUGAUUAUUUUGUCGCAGAAUACAUUCAUGUUCAUUACAAUAUUAAUGUUCCAUUUUAGCGACUAAACACUGGCGCGACAAUAAAUAGCUAUUGCGCGCUUGGCCUAAGGCCUGUGCGGCCCGUGUGUUAUAAAUCCCCCCUUAAUUCCCUCCCAUGCCAAAAUACCAGAGUGCGUUUAGAAAUGAAGUGUGAAGGUAGAGUAGUUGUUUGCCAGAGUGUUCUGACGUCAUUACUUGGAGUGCACUCUAGGUGUGCCUUUUCUGAACGUAAAUG